AUGGCGGAAGCUGCAGCCAAAUCUGUGCUGGGUAUGAUCAGUCGGGGACACCUCGAAUGCCCGAUUUGUUCCUGUCGUUUCGCUCAUCCCAAGAUGUUGGACUGCCUGCACAGCUUCUGCCUGAACUGUCUAGACAAGCUCAUCAGCAGUCAGCAACCCAGGGCAGACGAGAUUACCUGCCCAGUUUGCAGGCAGGGAACUGCGGUACCAGACACCGGAUUGCAGGGUCUACCCAACUGCUUUUUCCUGAGUUCCCUCGUCGAUGAAUUCAACAAGCAGGAGCAGUUGCUGGGAGACGCGCCAGCGAAUGCUCAAACGUGUGAGGAAUGCGAGGAAGGCUUGGAAGCCAUUUCAAGGUGCUUAGAUUGUGACGGGAACAUCUGCCAGAAAUGUCUUGAUACCCAUCGGAAGAUGAAAUCUACUAAGAAACAUCGGAUCGUCAACUUGAACCAAAGCGGAGCAGAGGUAUUCGUACCUCGGUUGGAUCUUGGGAAGAAGGAUACCCUGAAAUGCAACAAGCACACUACACAUGAACUGUGUUUUUACUGCGAGACAUGCAAAACCUUGGUCUGUGCAAAAUGUGCUGCGUUAGAUCAUCGUACAGCGGAACAUGAUUAUAGAGAGGUUGCAGAUGCUAUAAGAUCGUACCGCCAGGAUGUCGGAAAGAUCCUACAAAGGUUCGAAAACAGCAGAGAGGACUUCAAAGUCGCCGACGAUUCAUUGCUACAUGCCAGGGACAGGUUGAGAAUCAUGGUCGCCCGGGCUUGUAAGGACAUUACCGACAAAGAGGAAGAAGAGAUUGCAAAGAUCAAAAACAAAUCCCGACUUCUUAGAGACAAAGUAGUACAAAUCGGACAAGAACGAGAUAGGAAGUUUGAGGAAGUCCGGAAAAGCAACCGUUACAAGAUGGAACGGGCUGAGCAAAUCGUAGCAACAGUCAACGACUUGAUGCAGCAAGCUGAAGACCUUGAGCUUUUGGACCUCAAACCGAAGGUGAUGCACAACUUAGAGUUCCAGGAGGAAGUCAAACUGGAGCAUGCACAGCAUGAGCUCUCAUUCAUUGGCGUCAAAUGUCAAGAUGUCGUGGCAGAUACAGACCUCGGAGAAGUGAUUCAGGAAGAAAAGUGGCAGUUGCAAGCAGAGUUUGGUGAGGAAGGUCCUGAAGAUGGACAAUUUCAGUUUGCAGCGGGCGUUGCUUGUCUAAGCAACGGUGACAUUGCCGUAACAGAUAUUGAUAAAAAGGAGUGCACGCUUUUUACUUCAACUGGGAAGUACAAAACACGUGUUGGUCGGGAGAAAUUGAAUAAGCCCAUAGGAAUAGCUGUGACAUGUGAUGACCAACUUUUGGUCACCGAUGAGAAGUAUGUAAAGGUGUUCAACUCCAAUUUAGAAUUCCUUCGCCAGUUUGCACCAUCACACCAUGAUACAGGAGAUACCUCAGAGAGUCGUCUUACAGUUAUCGCUGUUGUGAAGAAUCGGAUAGCAGUCACAGACCGCGGAAGACAGCUGGUCUCUCUCCAUCAGCUGGAUGGAUCCUUGAUUACAACUGUUCCAAAUGACUUGGCUCGUGCCGGUUUGGCCGUUGGCAUAAACGAACGCUUGAUCUUCACAAACUUCGUGGAGAGUAAGUUGAUUUGCACCACCCGUACGGAGGAUGAGGUGUUCAAUAUCCAUACUUCGCUUGACGGGCAAGCUGUGACGCCCGUCAGCGUGUGCUGCGAUGAUGCCGGUGACAUCUACAUGAGUGUUUAUUACGAAUCAGAUGAGAGUGGUGGAGUGCACCAUUAUUCACCUGACGGUGUUUUCCUCGGGCGGGUGGCUCGCGGACUUCACUCUCCCUGCGGCCUGACAUUCGCGCCAAGCGGAGACCUCGUGGUGGCAGAUGAGGUCUCGGUCAAGAUCUUCCAGCGGGUGUGA